CAGGUUAUCUAACGCUCCCUUUGAUAGCAAGUCUCUGUCGUAGCUAUAACAAAAGGCAUGUCCUCGCUGGGUGAAAUACAAGUUAUUGUCUUUUUAUUGGAUGCUGUCUCGGGGUUACUUCGGUUCAAAUUUUUUGACUGCUCUCGGAGUGCAUGGCAGCUUUGAGCAGCACAUCACGCGACUGCGGGGAAUGAGGCUGACAGCGGACAGCGAGGCUUAUAAAUAAAGCGCCCACAGCUGUCCGCGGACUAGUGGUAAAAGGCUUCGCUUUUUAAUCAAGCGGGGAGUUGCUGCGACGGACGGGACGAAGCCAUUCCUAUAUCUACGUCCGCAUUUUAGUCACUGUAUUUUGUGUGUGCGCGCGCGCGUCUUUUAUUCACACAAUACAGAAAACCGGUCGGGGGAGGCGGACGGGUUCGGGCCUCGGCUGGAGAAGAAGCUGUGGUUACGUAGCAGUCCAGCCACACACAUUCUUAUAUGCGUACACGAAUACACACACACCGACUACUGCUGCGCUUGCCAGGAUCUCAAUGAGGGGGAAUGACCGCGAGUGACCUCAAAGGACACGCUAUGUUGUAGCGAGUGUUCCCACUUUUAAACUCGGACGGCUUUGCGGUAAAACAAACAAUGAAGGUAAACAUCUUGUUUGGUGUUUUAGCCUAAGAACGGUGUUCGCUGCUCGCGCGGCGGUCUCAGCAGCCUGCCAGCGGGGCUUGUGUUAGCCGGCUAAGCUAAACUAGCUAAAGCCUAUACCCUCUGUUGCCUGCAGAUGCUAAGCUAAGCUAGGCUAGCGCUGCCAUGGAUACAGCUAAGUCAUUGGUGGACAAGAAGGGAGCGUCGGGACCUUUUCAUGUCAACAACGGCCAAAGUCCGAGGGGGUUGAAUGGCCUCGUCGUCGUGGCCGCUAACGGCAGCUGCUCCGGCAGCAAUGCAUUCGGCUCGAGCACGGCACCCAGCAGCAGCAGCGGCGCGCUCGAAAUGCAUCACCUGCAGCGGGGGGAGGAGAAGGAGUGCAACGGGUCCCCGGCAAAGAGAUGCCGCCUGCGGAGGAGGUCGGAGUCGGUGAAACGUAACAGACCCCCUUUCCCCUGGUUUGGCAUGGACAUCGGUGGGAGCUUGGUUAAGCUGGUGUACUUCGAGCCAGUCGACAUCACUGCAGAAGAAGAACAAGAAGAAGUGGAAAACCUCAAAUCUAUCCGCCGCUACCUCACCUCAAACGUGGCCUAUGGUAAAACAGGUGUCCGUGACGUCCACCUGGAGCUGAGGAACCUGACCAUGUGUGGCCGGACAGGAAACCUGCACUUUAUCCGCUUCCCCACCCAGGCCAUGCCCCGGUUCAUUCAGAUGGGACGAGACAAGAACUUCUCCAGCCUGCACACAACGCUGUGCGCCACGGGAGGCGGGGCGUACAAGUUUGAGAACGACUUCAGAACAAUAUCCGACCUGGAGCUGCUGAAGCUGGAUGAGCUGGACUGUCUAAUCCGUGGCCUGCUGUUUAUCGACCGGGUGGGUUUCAACGGGCACCCAGAGUGCUACUACUUCCAGAACCCGUCAGAUCCCCACAGCUGUGUGAAAAAGCCCUGCAACCUGGACAACCCCUUCCCAAUGCUGCUGGUCAACAUCGGCUCUGGGGUCUCCAUACUGGCUGUCUACUCAGAGAACGACUACAAACGGGUAACUGGGACAAGUCUGGGAGGUGGAACCUUCCUCGGCCUUUGCUGUCUUCUGACGGGCUGCGAGACGUUCGAGGAGGCGUUGGAAAUGGCCAGCAAGGGCGACUCCACAAACGUGGACAAACUUGUGAAGGACAUAUACGGGGGGGACUAUGAACGCUUUGGCCUCCAGGGCUCUGCCGUCGCCUCCAGUUUUGGUCACAUGAUGAGCAAAGAGAAGCGGGACAGCAUCAGCAAGGAAGACCUGGCCAGAGCCACACUAAUCACCAUCACCAAUAACAUAGGAUCUAUAGCACGCAUGUGUGCUGUCAAUGAGAAAAUCGAGCGUGUGGUGUUUGUCGGGAACUUCCUUCGGAUCAACACGUUGUCCACAAAGCUGCUAGCCUAUGCCAUGGACUUCUGGUCCAAAGGUCAGCUGAGAGCCCUCUUUCUGGAACAUGAGGGUUACUUUGGAGCUGUCGGCGCGCUGAUGGAGCUGCUGAAGACAUCAGAGGACCUGUGAAGGAAGUUCUGCUGCGCCAGCCGGCGCUUGUGAAAAACCGAUGUCAGCCUCUCCCGUUAAGGCCACCUCUACAUGCUGUGACGUCAUUACCCGACACUACUGAAAGAUCCUAAUCAGAGACCUCUACAGGAACACUAAGAGAGACUCAGAUGCUGAGAAAAGCCAUUUUAAUAAUUUAACUCUUGUAAAUAAUGAUAGCUUCUAACAAUUGUUCCCAGAGUUCCUUCUAUAAUAGAGUUUUAAUAUUGUGAUCUUUAAUUUAUGGUUUCCUGUUGGUCCCACAGAGUAUUUUAGUAAUCUGGUGUUUUACCGGGAGGGGUGGGGAUUGUGUUUGUGUGUAUAGCUACUGUAGCAUUACAUCCUGGGGACAGAAGUACACCAGGUGACUAUUUUUGCAGCCUCUGCUCAGAAGAGGAUGUCUGUACACAAAAGGCGUCACUCUCUACCGAGCAACCUUUUUGUUUUUACCGCAUUUGGCUCAAGGAGUCAGGUUUGCUAACCGGCUUGCUGCUCAAAGAGUCGCCCACCAUGCCACUGUCUUCGAAGGAGUGCACUGAUGCCAAAUCCUGUUGACAUUCAUCUGCAACCUUCUCAAAUGGAAAGCAGAUAAGCUGUUUUUACUUCUGUAUUGCUCUACUGCACCAUAGCCUUUUGCUUUUUUUUUUGUUUUUCCUUUCUUCAUCUGCCUCCUUGUGAGCAACGCUAACUCUGCCGUCUGCCAAGCACGCGUACCGAGCCUCGUGAGUUCAGUCUUAGGCGGCAGGACCAAGACAUUGUUUUCCAGCAGAUCCGAGUGCAUUACUGAUUUCCCUCAUCUUCCUCACCCUCCAUCUACUCUACCACUUUUUUUCUUUUCUUUUCUUUUUUUUUUUGUUCAAAUGCUGAAUUUUAGUGCAGAGGGGUGUUCCUGAUGUUUAGAUGUGCUCAUUUUAAAUGCAUCACUUCAGUUGUUGAUGCUGAUGCAACAGAAUAGAAAUAUUGAGGAUCAGUUUGCUUUCUGACUAAAGUCACCCCUUAAUGUAAAAAAAAAACGAGGGGUGCAAGUAAAUGGCCAUAGACGGUUUUAUUUAAUUAGGUGAAAUUUUGUCCUUCCCCACUCAACUAGUUUCAGGAAAAUAUAAAUAUUGUCUGAGGUUUUGAACAUUCAGCUCUUGAUUAUUACGGUUGUGAUAAUGUUAAUGUUAAAACAUCGAUGUAUGUUAUUUGAAUUUAGACAAACUUUUUGAAUACCCUGUUAACUUUAGUAGUGAGUUUUAGGUGUGGACUAGCAUAUUAUCACUUUAUGUCCUUCUGCUCAUAGUGGGGUCUAACAAACUGAUGUUAGCUGAGCCAUCUGCUCAGGUAGCAGCCUGCUGUCAGGUGCGCUCAUCAGAGAAGCCAUUCUGUAGCUUGUCAGCUGCAGUUUUACCUUAAUCAUUUUUAGCUUUAGUUUCCACACCUUGUCCAUUUUUAUUUCUGUUUUUUGCAGCCAGAGAUAUUUUCCAAGCAGAAUCUUUUUUGUGAGCACGUAAAAGUGCUGUAGCCUCUCAGCCAGCUGACUGCCAGUGCACAGCAAGAAUUGGGUGACUGCCUCUGGCAUCUCAUUAAAAAAAAAAGUUUAAAUCGUAGGCGCACAAUGACAGGAGACCUUAGAGGUUUUUAACAUUUACUUUUCUAAACUGUAUUAUACUUUGAUACCCAUCACUGGUCCAGGCCUACUUAAUACUGUCGUGUGAAAUAAGGGCCUGCUUUAAAAAGCUUGAAUGGUAAAACUGUCGAUCAUUGAGCCACAUCAACACUAAAAUAGUCCAUUUUCUUUCUCAUACAGGAGUCAGAGCUGCAUUAGUCUGCAGAUUUAGGCUGUGCUUUAUAGAUGCACGAUGGGUUCAUCCUUUUCUAUUGACCACUAGUUGACAGAAAGUCGUUUCUUCUUCCACAAGUUGCACCUUUUACGUUCUUAGCUUGGACCUUUACAGCCUGUAAAACUUUUUAAUUUUUUUUUUUUUUCUUUUUAAUCUUUUGUUCUGUCAAACCUAACUGUUUACAUACAUUUACUCUACCCAGGUUGAUUUUUUUUUUUUUUGUAUUAGUGCUUUUUGAUUUGUGCAAUUCAUCACUACUUGCAUAUUCUGUUGACAGUUGCAUCUGCUCUACCUGAUUUAUCAAUUAACUCCUAAGUGGGUUGUCUCCUGUUAGCCAGGCGCGUAUUCUGAAGGUCCUAUUGACAGAAAUGAGUGAUAGCUGUUAUCUGUCACAGACUUGGACUACACUUCGACCCCCCCCCCUCCC